CUUACAGUUUUGAUACUGAAAGAAAUGGAGAUCCUUACAAACACGACAAAUCCGAUAUGGAUAAUGGUAAACCAUGUGAUAUCGAUGUUGUUGAAAAUGGCGAGGCUUUAAAAUUCGAUUCGGAAGAAGAACCUAUUCAAACCAAUACAUGUAAUGAGCUUUUAUUAGAAAACGAUUUUUCUAAGACAAUCAUUCAAAAAUACACUAAGGUCAGACCUUAUAAAUGUGAAACUUGCGGCAAAACAUUUUUUCAGACCGGUAACUUGAAGAAUCAUAUUAAAAUGCAUACCGGUGAAAAGGCUCAUAAAUGCAAUGUAUGUGGUAGAGGGUUUCCUUAUAAAAGUGUUUUAUUGGGUCACAUGAUAAUUCAUUCUGACGAAAGACCCUUUCAUUGCAAUUUUUGCAGUAAAAUGUUCCGUCGUCUUGGUAAUUUACGGACACAUGAAAGAAUACAUACAGGCGAAAAACAUUAUAAAUGUGAAAUUUGUAGUCAAGGUUUUUGUUCGCAAUACAAGUUGUUCAAACAUAUGUCAAAGCAUACAGAUGAUCGUCACAAAUGUGAUGUAUGUGAGAAAGGAUUUGUACGGAGUGGUGACUUGUUGAUACACAGAAAAAUUCAUACAGGUGACACGUCAUAUGAAUGUGAAAUUUGUGGUAAAGGUUUUAAUAGAACUGGUGUAUUCAAUAGACAUAGGAAAACACAUACUGGUGAAAAACACUUUCGUUGUGAGAUUUGUCGGAAAAGGUGUUCAACAGCUGAGGACCUAAAGUUACAUAGGGCAAUUCAUUCUGACAAAAAACCGUUCAAAUGUGAUCUAUGUGAAAAAUCAUUCAGGCGUAAAGAUCACCUCAAUUCACAUGUGGCUAUACAUACAGGUGACAAACCUUAUGCAUGUAAUUUAUGUGGAAAAAAGUUCAAGCACAAUGGAAACUUAAAGGUACAUUUGAGAACCCAUUCUGAUGAAAAGCCUCACACAUGCAGCAUAUGUGGAAUAAAAGUUCGAGAAAGGGACAACUUGAAGAAGCAUAUGAGAAUACAUACUGGUGAAAAACCAUAUAAAUGCCAUUUAUGUGGAAGAGAAUUCUCUCAAAGUGGGGACUUAAAAAGACACACAGAAACGCAUACGAAUGAAAAACUGUUCGAGUGUAAUGUAUGCAAGAAACGUUUUGCCACUAAACACUACCUUUGGAAGCACAUGCAAACACACAAAGGUGAGAAAUCAUACAUAUGUAACGUAUGUGGCAAAUGUUUUACCAGUAAUGUAAGACUAUAUGGACACAUAAAAAUACAUACUGGUGACCAAUGAUUGUAACGUAUGUGGUAAAUUAUUUGGUAACAGUGAUAAUUUAAACGCACACAUGAGAACACACACUAGUGAAACACGUUUAUUUGAAUGUAUUACAUAUGUAACACAGGAUUUAAUAUAAACACCAACUUGCGAGCACAUAUGAACAGUCCACAUGUUGGCAUAAAACCGUAUAAUUGCUGUGUCUGCAAUAAAUCAUUCUUUCAACAUGACGCAUUACAAAAUCAUUUGAAAACGCAUACUGGUGAAAACUUAGUAAGAUGUGAUAUAUGUGACAAAAUAUUUUGCUCUAACAGAUUAUUACAAAAUCAUAGAAUACACACCGGUGACAAUCCUUUUACAUGUAGUAAAUGUGAAGAUACGUUUCGUUCAGCUGUUUCACUAAAUAAUCACAUGAGAAGCCAUAGUCUUAAAGACCUGAUGAAUAGAGUGAUAUGUGGUAUAAUUACAAUUAUUGUAAACACAGGUUGGUCACGAACUGAUAAGAGUGAUAUAUGGUAUAAUUACAAUUAUUGUAAACACAAGUUGAUGACCAACUGAUAAUAGUCAGAUAGUGAUACGUGAUGUAAUUACAAUUAUUGUUUAAAACACAGGGUACCGGUGAUCACCAAUUGAUACACUGAUAUGGGGUAGAAUUACAAUUAUUGUAAACACAGAUUGAUCCUCAACUGCAUGAUAAGUGUGAUAUGUGGUAUACAUACGAUUAUUGUAAACACAGGUUGAUCACCAAUCGAAAAUAGUGAUAUGAGUGUCUCUUGUUGAAAAUCAAAACGGUUCAUACCGACAAAAAAUCAUUGAGAUGUCAUAUAUUGAUAAUCAUCACAGUAUGAUUAUUAUCAAUUUGAAAGAGUGUGAGAGUGAAAUGUGUUUUUUUAAUGAAAAAUUAACCUGAAUCAGACAAGAAAAAUCUAAUGAAAUAAUAGUUGAUUACACGUGAUGUCAUCAAAGAAAACAAAGGUUGAAUACACACGGGUAUGUCUGUUUAAAGAAAAAUUGAGCAAUGCAAACAAAAAAUUGAAACGAUCUGAUUUGUGUGAUGAAAAGUUUCAUUUUUUGGACGACUUUUUUA